AAGACAUCCUUCCUCAUUCCAAAUCUAUGAAGAAAUUGAUUAUGUGGUUGAAGAUCUUCUGUGUGUAGCCCAGCAGUGAGAAAUUGAUAGCUGAAUUCCUCCUAUUCAAAAGAAGCUGAGCUGUAGGAGAGACAGAGAGGAGAGAGAGACGGUGAGGUGAGGGAAAUUAGGAGAUCGUGAAUACUGCUGCUACGCCUGCAAUUGCAUCCAUGUCUGAAUCUGAAUAUGAUAGAAUAGAUAGAUACGAUGAUUCAAUGAAUGAUUAGAUAGAUAGGCUAGGGUAGGGUAGGGUAGGGUUUCCUCGAAUUCGAUUCCGCCAUUUCCCGUUUCCCCAUAAACUCCACCCCCGAUCAGGAUAGCAUUUUAGCGGCUGCUCAGCCAACUACCCAAUUUAUUGUCGUGCAUAGGCCCCUCCCCACACACCUUUCUCCUCCUCCUUCUUCUUCGUCUUCUUCUUCUUCCAUCCAUCAACACACACGCUCGGCUUGAAUAGUAAUAAUAAUAAUAAUAUUAUCUCUCGAUUUGGAUUUGGUGGUGUAUUGGUAAUCCAGUCAAUCAAUCUCUCUUGAUUUGGUUUGGUUUGAUCCCAUCCCUCUCUGCAUACCAUCUGUUUGUUUCGUUGUUCUAUGGGGGACUCGCCUGGGCCUGAGGAUUCCUCCUCCCUCUUCCUCGCCCAAAUUUCCACCCUUGUCGAUCAAGCUAAGGAGCUCCAGGAAUCCGCUUCCACUCUCAUCUCUCGCACCUCCCGCGAAGAAGACGCCCUGCGCCAGCGCGUCGCUUCCCUUGAUUCCCGCGUCACUUCCCUCCGCCGCACACUCAAUCACAACCACAAACUUGAAGAAGAGCUAGUCAGAGCUAGAUAUGUCUUGAGUGAAGGAGACGCAGCUGCAUUUCUUCCCGGAAAAUCUCGUGGAAAAUUUUUAAGGAUGUUCUUAGGGCCAAUUAACGUGCGGGCAAACAGGAAGGAUGUGCAGUUGAAAGUAAAAGAAGAAUACAAUAACUUCAGAGAUGGGACGGCUUACUUGUUUCUGUGUUUGCCAUCUCUUCUGCUUAUGCUAAAGUCAUGGAUUUGGGAAGGAUGUUUACCUGCUUUGCCUGUUCAAUUUUACCAGGCCUGGUUGCUGUAUCUCUACACAGGUUUGGCCUUAAGAGAAAAUAUACUGAGAGUUAACGGAAGUGAUAUACGACCAUGGUGGAUUAAGCAUCAUUAUUUUGCUAUGGCAAUGGCUCUCAUUAGUCUUACAUGGGAGAUAGAAAGGGGGCCUGAAUGCGCACAGAAACAGAGAGGUGUAGAACUCUUUUUGAAAUGGGCCAUCAUGCAAGGAGUUGCAAUGAUCCUUCAGAAUAGAUAUCAACGGCAAAGGCUAUAUACCCGCAUUGCCCUUGGGAAGGCAAGAAGAAUGGAUGUCGUUUGGGGAGAAACUGCUGGCGUGGAGGGUCAGUUGUUGUUGCUGUUCCCUAUACUUUUUGUUUUGCAGGGUUUUGAAGCCUAUGUUGGUGUCCUAUUGCUUAGAACUGCACUUGCUGGAUCCAGUUCAGAUUGGCAGGUGAUUGCCUGUGGAUUUCUGUUGAUAAUCAUGGCAGUUGGGAAUUUUGCCAACACGGUGCAGACCCUGGUGACAAAAUCUAGAGUCAAGGCAAAAAUAAAGAGAGGUAAAAGCAGGCAAGAAUUGAACCAAAGAACCGGAAUAGAUGACAAAAGGACGUCGUAGUGAGUGGAAAGUGGCUAUAAAUUUAUGGAUGAAUAAUAGUAGGACUAGGACUCGUAUCGUGUUGUUUCCCCGGCCUGCUUUUCUCACAGAUCGCAACACCACUUGGCCAGCAUUUAGUUGUAUUUGUUGGUAAUUGUCGAUGUCUCGUGUUUUAUUUAUACAUGGGCAUCAAUCUAUCUUUUGGAACAGAAUUGUAUGCUACUUAUGCUUUAUGACAAUAGUUUAUGUUUGGGUUUUUUGGAGA